AUGAAGAUAAUUACUUUAAAUGCGUGGGAUGGCAGAGGCGGUACUACAGCACUACUAAACUUCUUUAAAAAUUGGCAAGAUGUUGAUAUCUUCUGCUUGCAAGAGAUUUUUAACGGUGGUGAAAAUGAUGUAGACGAGGUAAAGUCGAAUGUACCGGAAAAAGAGUAUCGACUUUUUACACUAAUAACAGAAGCACUACCUACUCAUCAGGGAUUUUUCCGGCCAAGUCUGAAGGAUUUCUACGGGCUUGCUAUGUUCGUAAAGAAGAAUAUAACAAUCGUAGAAGAAGGUGUUUAUUUUGUCCACCAAUAUCAAGGAUAUGUUCCUGAUGAUGACAUUCGUUGUCAUGCUCGCAAUAUUCAAUAUAUUAAAACUGAAAUUAAUGGAAAACAAACAGCAGUGAUGAAUUUUCAUGGUCUUUGGAAUGGAAAUGGGAAGACUGAUACAGAGGAUAGAAUACAACAGUCAACAAAUAUUCUACAUAUUACAAAAAAUAUUUCAGAAAAUUUCGUUCUUUGUGGUGAUUUCAAUCUUUUACCGGAUACAAAGAGCAUUAAAAUGUUAGAAGCCGUUGGUUUAAGAAAUUUGAUCAAAGAAUAUGGCAUUACUUCCACUCGAACUUCUUAUUACAUGAAACCAGAUAGAUAUGCUGAUUAUGUUUUUGUAACAGCAGGACUAGAAGUAACAGAUUUUAAGGCUCUUCCUGAGGAAGUUUCUGAUCAUGCUCCAUUAUAUACUGAGGUAACUUAA